GUUUUGACAUUUUUUAUUGUGCCAACUUAGCAGUAGUUGUCCGUGCAGCCUAAUUUGUGAUCAGUACAGCAGACGCCUGUUAUCGAAGUGAGAUUUUUCAAAGCGUUCAUGAAGAAGGUGUUGAAGUUGUAGGUUAUUUGUUAAUAUUUAGCCGCUUCUCAAUGCAAUAGUCAUGGUGUUAAAUGAAGGUGCAGCAGAUCAUGAAAAAGGGAAAAGUAGAUCGCAGUCGCAAGUAAUUGUAUUUACGACGAGCCUUGUGUAAAAUUUGAUUUCCGUGAUAGGUGGCGGGAAAUGGGUACCUAUUGAUGUUGAAAUUCACUCGGUCCCAAGCAGAUCGCUGGGUAUCAAUCUUGUCUUUGGAUCGGGCCAGAAGAGCAGUCGUUUCGUUUAUUUCGGCAUAUCUCACUUCAUGUUACUGCUUAGUCGAGCGGAUUCGCUCUUGGUCGAGGUGAUUAUUUUUCAUUGUUAUCCUCGUCGUCGAGCAGUCACAAGAAAAAACCGUCGCUAGCCGCCACUGAAAUGAUCUACUCGUAUGGGGGCACGAAUCUAUCAAUCUAGUAGAAGGAGUGAGGCCAUGUCGUGGCGGUCGUUCAUUCUAUCUUGUGAAAUAAGGCAAGAGAUACCUACUAGUGUAGCCAAGCAGAAAUCUCCAAAGAAAACAAUCUUCCGGUGGUCUUUGAGCUUGCGGUCUCCGUCUGUGUCGUGUUCCACCUCUCGUGGUCGUUCCGCAUACGUGGUAUUAACAUGAGAACAAGUAGUUCGUCAUCUGCAGUGGGGCAUCGACCGCCUCAGGAGCAGCUCAGCCUGCGCGGCAUGGCCGAGGAGGAAUCAGUAGCGACGCACUCGUUUUUGACGCUUUCUGACAGCACGAGGUUGAUCUCGCCGUUGGAGCCAUCACGACAGUCAUUUGUUCACCGCAGCAAACAUCAAGCAAGAGGACGCGACGACGCACGUUGAAUCUUCGUGUGGACGCCUACAAUUUCUACAACGUGGAGCGCUGCAGCAACACCGGCACUACGCCUUGCCGGUCUUCCAGCUGCUCGGGCUCAUUGCCUUGAUGGUGUGCCUUCUGUACCUGCUCUACUUUCUGCAGUGGUCACUGCUCGGAGCGGGGGGAUCCACCUCGCCCUCUGCUUCAUUAACCGUGGGUGCUGGUCCUGGUGUACCGGCAGCUUCGACGCAGUCGGGAGUGGGUGGACCAACAUCUACAUCUUCUUCGUCAUCAGCAUCUUCUGGGAGGGACAAUCAACAGGAAGCAGGAGCUGCUGCAACUAGUAGCAGGGCAGCUUCUUCUAGUACCACGCGAAACGAUGAGCAGGCACAGUUUCUCGAGUAGGAAAAUUCCUCUUGUGCUGUUGUUGCCGCCUGAUUUCAGAGCACGUGCUGUACCCGCGUGAUGCAAGUAAGUACUUCUAACGUACUUAGACUUACUCAUUUCCUCGAACAAGAAGUACAAGAACCUGUAAUGCGAGUGCGGGUGAUGUCGGAUAAUGUCAAAAGUCCGGUGGGUCCUUGCCGUACUGAUACUAAGUGUAUGAUUUGUGCGAAACAAGCAAUAAUUGAAGUAAACGAGCACUUCCGACACAGAAGGGGAGGGACUUUGAUUGCCAGUGCUGUAUCUGAGCCUGAUCCUGAAGGUGAACUCUUUUUUGCUGUGUGUCGUCUCUUCCUAAUAUGCUCAUCUCUGUUCGAAUUAUGUUCUGCUGGGUUUUCAUUAAUUUCCGUUUUAGCCGUAU